UCGCGCGUCUAUCUUUCUCUCUCUAAAAUCUCUCUCUCUCUCUAGGAGAGUCUAUUGACAAUUCGAAGAAGGUGAAGAAUGAAGAAUGAAUCGAUGGUGAUAUAAGUGGGUUUAAUCGAGGGCUCCGAAGCCUCUGAAUUUUUCCCCCAAAUGCUCUCCAGCUGAGCAUUUCAUUUAUCAUUUAUAUAUAUUUAUAGAUUGAGGUGGUGGUGGUGGUGGUAUUGUUGGAGAGAGAGAGAGAGAGAGCGCACUAUAUAAGAUGGAAAACCCUAGCGACUCGUCCUCCGCAGCCAACAUUACCACCACCAAGCGCUACGCUCCUCCUUUUCAGAGGAAAGGCUCGCUCGGCAGGCGAAAAUCGGGAGGAGAUCGGUUUGAGCGCAUAAACAACAGUGUGAAUGAUGGAGAGAAGAAUCAAGUUGCUACCUCAAAACAUGUUCCCCUCACUGAUCAUGGGGAUGCAGCAGUUGUUAAUGAGAAUCUUCAUCCGCGGCUGAUAUCCUUGCAUGGGUGUUGUAAGAGCGACGCUUUUCAGCUUUUGAAUGAACGUUGGGCAGCUACUAUAAAUGCAUUUAAUGAUCCAACAACAGAUUUUGCUGACAGGCCCGUGAUGUAUACUGGGAGUGGUGGAUCCGCAUGGGGACAAUUUAGACUUCCUCAUCAGGUGACAAUAGAAAUUCCUUUGCUCUCUCUCUCUCUCUCUCUCUCUCUCUCUCUCUCUCUCUCUCUCUGUGACAAAUAUAAUUUGGUGUUGGGUGCUUGUAUUCAGUUUAAUUCUCCCAGAGUCGCUGCUGGAUCUUCUUCGGGUUCACAGAUGGAUUUCUUGAGUGAACUUCGGCGUGCAAUGCAUCAUGACGCAAAUGCCAGUUCUGCCACCUAAGAGAGACCUUCAAGCUUUUUGUCUCUUGACUUAUGCAAUACUUUAGAUUGUAUGAUCAAGAAGGGUCUGUUGUAAUAUGGAGUACUUUAACCUACUGUACUAUGGUGUUACGUGCUGUUGGGCACAGGCGGUAGAACAGAAACAGUAUUUAUCGGUAUGCUUGUUAUUAUGUCUUGCUUAUGAGAAUAUGGGCUGAUUUGGUCCCAAUCCGCAGGACCUGCUUCAGUUUGUAGUAGUAGAGAAUUGAGCGUUGGAUGUCUCCGCGCACUGCAUCAUGAAAUCUAACGGAAUGACUAAUGAUUGCCGGUCUUCCUUCAUCAAA